CUGCUCUUUACUCCACGUGGCUCUAAACAGAUGAACCAAGCAAAGAAGCGGAUGAUUCUUUCCAUCAUGGGAAUAAAAGAUAAAACUUUCUCUUCCUGUGCACAGAUUAUGAUUCUGGCACUUCUAGCAUGCAGGUGUUCAGCAGUUGAAUCUCUGUAUUGUGCUGUUUCAUCCCCUUCACCCAGCACUCCAGUUUCUGUCCAUUCGAUGAGGCCAGCUGAUGUGUCUGUGUUAUCUGCACUGGUUUUGUCCGAUGUGAAGAGAUCUGAUGAAAUUAGAGCCCUGAACAUGCUAUCUGAAAUAUUGUUCACCUUUAACCCGGAUGUGUCAGCUGUUGUACCUGAACAAAGAAGCUUAAUGGAUAAAGCAGAGUACAUUAUGGAGUCACUCAGCAGCACCACACAGUGGAAGUUGCUCCUGCUCUUCAUACCAGUUGAUGAGCUCUCUGUGUGUACAGACCAGGACUUGAGUGCAACCAUUGAUGCAACAGUAAAUAGAGUGGAACAGAUACUGGACUCUCUUCAUAAGAAGUUGAAACAUACACUGGUUCAUGUUGUUGUUUGGAGUGAACUGUCACAUGACCGAGUGUGUCAGUUCCAAUGUGAGGAAGGAUAUGAUGAAAACAGACGCAGACUGGAUACUAUAGUGCUCAUGGCUUUAUUGCAGGAAUCUGUCAGUGCUCUUCUAGAGAGAAGAGGCUGGUUUGGUGACCGGGAAGAUUUCAGUGUAAUGCUUCAAUCCAGUCCAGUGCACACCGAACUGUCAAACCCAAUGAAAGCCUCUACGUCUGACUCCUCACGUGACAUAAGCUUGUUGACUUUACAACUCUGGACUAAUUUGCUGCAGCCAAUGACAGAUAAGACUGAGACGAAUGGGCGGGGCAUAUUCACCAUUCCGUGCCCCACAGAGGAAAAGCCAUUUUUGCGAACACAGGAAAACUCAUACUCACCUGAGCUCGGUAACUCCCAAACAGAGGAUCCCUCUCCACUACUCCACCCAGUGAUGGGGAGUGAGCUCACCUGUGAGGACAGGUCUCCAUCUCCCAGCAUCCCUACCUCAGUCCAUGCCUUACGGCCAGCAGACAUCAAAGUGGUGGCAGCAAUGGGUGAUUCUUUGACGGCAGCCAAUGGGGUGGGUGCUGCACAAAACAAUCUUCUGGGUGUGCUUACAGAGUAUCGCGGCCUGUCAUGGAGCAUUGGUGGAGAUGAGAACCUCACAACUACAACCACUUUACCAAAUAUAUUGAGAGAGUUUAACCCUUCAAUCACUGGCUAUUCAGUGGGAAAAGGAAGUGAGAAUUCUGCACUGAGUUUUCUGAACCAAGCAGUACCAGGAGCCACAUCUGAUGAUAUGGUCACGCAAGCUCAUGCUGUCAUUAAAAGAAUGAAAGAAGACUCGCUAAUUGAUUUCCAGAAUGAUUGGAAGAUUAUCACAGUCUUCAUUGGAGGAAAUGACAUAUGCGCCCACUGCUCUGAUACUCGGUACUAUUCUCCUGAUAACAUUGUGAAGUAUAUUCGUGAGGGUUUGGACAUAUUACAUAAAGAGGUCCCUCGUGCUCUGGUGAACCUAGUGGAGCUCCUGGACAUAAUUCCACUGCGCCGCCUCCAUCAGGACCCCACUCUUGGCUGCCCCACCUGGAUGGUCAACAUGUUGUGUCGCUGUGUUCUGAAACCUAAAGAUGGAUCUCAUGAAUUCCAGAUGUUGCAGGAGUUCAACCAAGCCUACCAGCGUGGUAUGAGGGAGCUGCUGGAGUCUGGGCGAUAUGACACUCAUGAUAACUUCACAGUGGUCCUACAGCCAUUCUUCAGAAAUGUGUUUCUCCCUGUGUUGGAGGAUGGGAGACCUGACCGUUCCUAUUUCUCUCCAGACUGUUUUCAUCUCAGUCAGAAAGCUCACACGCUCAUGGCUCGGGCUCUCUGGAAUAACUUGAUGGAGCCUUUAGGUAAUAAGACAGAUAGUGAAGAUUUUAGUGCAGGUGUCCCUCUUAAAUGCCCAGAAAAGUCAUCCCCCUAUUUGAGGACCUAUCACAACAGCAAUUACACAUAUAACACCCCUCCUCCUACUCCUCCACCUGCAAAUAAUUGGGGAACUGAUUUCUCAUGUGUGGACACAGUGCCGUCUGACACUGUGCCAACAUCUGUUCACAGGCUGCGUCCAGGUGACAUUAAAGUGGUGGCGUCUCUGGGAGAUUCAAUCACUGCCGGCUUUGGUGCAAAAGCUGAAAACCUUCUGCAGUUAGCGGAUGAGGAGCGAGGGGUUUCCUGGAGCAUUGGUGGAGAUGAUACUUUGGAGACUGUCACCACAUUGCCAAACAUUCUUAAGAAGUUCAAUCCUAAUGUUUUCGGCUUCUCAAAGGGGAAAAGUAAACGACCCAAUGGCUUCAAUAUGGCAGUGAGUGGUGCCAAAGCAAAUAAUAUACCAGCACAAGUGAGGGAUCUUAUCACAGCUUUAAAGGAUAGCACGAAAGUGGACUUUGAGAAGGAUUGGAAACUGGUGACACUAUUUAUUGGGGGAAAUGACCUUUGCCAGUACUGUCACGACCGGGCUUCUCUGUCUCCUUCUAAGUACAUCGGUCACAUCAUAGACAGUCUGGACAUGCUGUACAAUGAGGUUCCCAGAGUGCUGGUAAAUUUUGUCGGAAUCUUAGAGAUCACGGAUCUGCGAAUGAUAAAGAGGAACACACUGGGCUGCAGCCUCCUGCAAGAGAACAUGUGUCCAUGUUUUCUGGAACCUCGUGAGAACUCUCCAGAAAUGAAUGAAAUGAAGAAGGUCAACAGAGAUCUGCAGAUGGAGACUGAAAGGCUGGUGUAUGGGGGAAGGUAUGAUGGAAGACAGGACUUUGCAGUACUGCUACAGCCCUUCUUCAAGAACUCUGUUGUUCCAAUGGUCGAGGAUGGCACACCAGACCUGACUUUCUUCUCUGUGGAUUGUUUUCAUUUCUCUGAGCGCGGACAUGCAGAGAUGGCACUUGCGCUCUGGAACAACAUGCUGGAGCCUGUGGACAGUAAACAAACCUACAAUAAUUUCACAUAUGACCGCAGUAAGAUCCAGUGUCCCACAAAGGAGCAUCCCUUCAUCUUUACAAGAAUAAACAGUGGCUCUGAUGUCCUUACGACUGUCGUACCCGCCACAGUUGCACCAGGCACCCCUCUCCCUGCAGACUGCCCCAACGAUGCUGUGCCGGCCUGGGCAGCUGCUGUUCUGGCUGUAGGAGGCUUGAUUAUUGGUUGGGUCGUAACCUGGAUGAUCUUCUACUUCAGAGAACGAAAGAACAGAAAGAGAAACGAAAGCACAGAAAUUAAUGGAACUAAGUUCUAAUAAGACUAAAAAACA